AAAGAAGUCUUCUCUACUUCUCUAACAAAGUGUGAUUUUAACGGGUGCGUUUCCGAUCUUGUAACCUAUUCCCAAUCUCUAGCCAGUACGCUCAAGAAUACAUUCAGAGAUUUAUGAAUAUUCAAGAGUGGGAUUCUGUUUCGCUCUUUCAAUGGCAAGCAUGUUCGGAAUUAGUUUCAUUUCAAGACACAUUGGUAUUAGUUCAAGCAUAAUUUUUAUACAAAAUCCAUGAAGCUAAUCAUUAAAGAAAACCAAGAGUAGUUGUUCAUGCGAAGGGACAAAAAUUUUGUGUGUUGGGACAUUUGACGGCCAUAUUCUUGUUUGCAACAAUAAGCUUGAAUUGAUAGCUGAUUUUGUUGUCUCCGAAUUUGGAGCAAUUCAACAGCUAGCAUUAACGAAUAAUGAGUAUGCACUUUGUUGUGUUUGUCUCGACAAACAAAAUGCGGUUGUAAUACAGUUUUGGUCAAUCGAAAACAUUUUAAGGAGCAAGUCUAAAGAUAUAUUUUGCUUAUACGAGCGUCGUUUAAAUGGUAUCCCGAAUCCUUUAAUUCCUGCAACUAGUAUUGCUAUUUCAGCUGACGUUUCAUCCGUGUUUUGCGGAUUCGCUAAUGGAACAGUAAUUCAACUACAAGGAUAUUUUCUUCGGGACUUGGGCUCAAAGCAGGAUGUGGUUUUUCGCGAAAGAGACUCUAUAACCGACCUUGCUAUUCUGUCCCCAAGAAAGCUAUCUGUUUCUACUACUACACAAACAUUUGUAUUUGAUAUUUUUACCAGGUCCAUUAAUAUAUUAGAAGACAACGGAUUAGCUAUCGGUUGUUCUGAAGUGUAUAUGCAAAAGUCUCUCUUGCGUGCCAAUUCAUCCUUCCUUUCAGUUUACGAUUUGAAAACGUUGAUUUUGCUAAAGACGCUUCACGUGGAUGGGACAAUACAAAGAAUUUUCACGUGUUUUGGAAAAGUUUGCCUGCUGGUUUCCAGGACUCCCUCAUUUUCAUCUAAAGAUCACAGCAAAAUAGCAUCUGAGUUAACUUCAUAUUUCUUCUUUAUAUUGGACUUGGAAGCUCAACUAAUUCUUUUUCAAUUUGAAAUUAAAGAAGGAAGUAUCUCGAAUAUUCUUUGUACAUCUGAUGAUUGCUUUUUCUUUUAUGAUAACUGUCCUCCUCAACAAUUAAUUCGUCUUCCGCAAGAUUUUCUUUUAUACAAAUGUUUUGAGAAAGAAGAGUUUGAGAAGUCAUAUUUACUAGCAAAGUAUUUGAAGUGCACCGAAGAUAUCACCAGAGAUUGUGCUCUUCGUACAGCACUGCUGUAUUUUAAAGAAGGUGAUCUUAAAAAGGCCAUCGAUUACUUCAUUUAUGCUAUACCUUUUUCCGAUUCAGCUUUAAUUAUCAAAACAUAUUUAGAACGACGGCUAUUGGGAUGCUUGCUUCGUUAUUUGGAAGCCCUUGCUGCUGAAGGAUACGCUUAUUCGUUCGAGCAAUCUACAUUGACUUUUCUAUAUAUUAAACUUCAAAGAUAUGAUUCUUUGAUGACAUAUGCAAAAAGUGAAAAUUGCUCCACUGAGCUUUUGCUUCCUAUACUGCGAAAAUACAAAUGUUUUGACCAAAUGGAGGCCUUGGGUAAGAUUUGGAAUAUGCCCUUAGUUUGUCUUGAAGUUUACCGAGAGAAAACAUUAAAAGGUAAAGCAUUUCAACUUCUUGAGAGUUGCCAUGAUUACAUGGAUGUAAUCGAAAUUUCAAAUCAUUAUGGCAUAUGGUUUAUAAAUUUGGAUCCGACUAAAUUUACAGAAAAAAUAGUUGAGAUAUCUGUUAAUUUACUGAACCUUGGAAAGCAAAAGAACUUAAUAGUGUUUCUAAAAUCAAUUUACCUUUCUACAUUAAUUCAAUAUCCGGAAUUACAAAUAAGAUUGUGGGAUACAAUAAAGAUGCAAACAAUGGAUCCCACGAUUCUGAAGUUUUUAAACACACGAAAGCUUCAUUCUAUCACGCAAAGGGAGAUGGAUUGUACAAGUUUGAAUAACGAGUCACUAGCUAUCCUUUUAAUUAAAGAAUGCAAUGGCUUACUCGAUUAUGAAUCUUCUAUACUUUCCUUACAGUCAGUUAAAUGGACUACUGCACUAGAUCUGCUGUACUCCCAAAAGUCCCUAAUUUCUGGCUCCAGUGAUACAAUAAUCCAGAAACUAUUAAAAGACCCGAAUACGGCGGAUCAUCUAGUCGAUGAGUAUGAUGAUGAAGCUAUGCUACAUCUGUUGAAGUUUUUGGUACGAGAACGGACGGUUACGAAUAUACGAGAAGAUAUAUUUUUCAAAAUUCUAGAAAGCUGUUUCAUACAAUUUGAAAUUCCGAUCCAACAUCUGCUGGAGAUACUGAUGAAAGACCAAAUUUUAACUUUCGGAGAUGUUAAAAAUAUUUUAUUGAAAUGGUACAGUCAUUGUUCUUCUCGAAUAGAAGAAAAAGAUAAACAGUAUAUACACAUUCAGAAAGAACUUGCAAGUAAUCAAAGCCAGUUUAUCUCUAUUCCAGUGGAGGACCGACUUUGCGACAAUUGCGAGGGGGUUUUGAAGAUACCCUUCAAAACCUAUAGUUGUCUUCAUAUCAUCCAUCGAGAUUGUGCUUCUGAAUCGAUCUGUCCCAAAUGCAAAUCUGGAACGUUGGAAACCCCAUCCAUGACUUAUGAAAGGCACGAAUCUUCUUUUCAUGAACUUUUUAGUCACCUAUCUUUAUUAGAAUCUUUUAUGCUAUAA